AUGAGCGAUCUCCGGGGCGGGAAGGCGGCGGCCAGGAACCUCCGGGUUGCGGCACCGGGAUGCAUGGGGAGGAUCAUCCACAUUCUUGACCUGAACGCUGGCACGGCCAGGACGAAGGUGCUUACAGACAGAUCAAAUAGAGAUGGUAACUCAGCUACUCUUUUUUUAUCCUCCCUUGUUUUGAUUUUGAUGAUCUGUGGAUGAUCCCCAUGAAGAAGGCGAACUCGUUUUUGAUCGAUAUGAAUAAGGAGAUGAAUGCAGCUCCUGGUUCUUGCAUCUCAACUGAUAUGAUCUCAAUCUCGAGCAGGUUCUCCCUUUUAUGGUAACCGACCGGAUUCGCCGAGGGAGUCGGACGCCAUCGCAUCUCAGACAGAAGACGAACCAGUGAGUACUCCAUCUUCCUCAUUAUGGAGAAUCAUAGGCUGAGGGAGCCCUAAUUUGGAUCGCCUCUCUAGGCGGUGAUCAGGGGGACGAGGGGUUCGUCAAUAAGAAGCGCCGGUAGAACGCCGAUGAAGAUGCUCAUAGCUCAGGAGAUGAUCAGCCAAACGGAGGCUGCCCAGAAGGUGCCUGGUGUUGUCGCGAAGCUGAUGGGUCUCAACGAUCUGCCAUCACCGGCGAACACCGGGGGCGGCGCCGCCAUUCGGGGGCGUCCAUCUCCAAGUUCUUUGGAUGGAGAGGGAGAUUACUGCAAGGAUGUCUGCGAGAUCUCGUCGCCGCCGCCGGAGGAGGAGGAGAAGGAUGGAGAGGGGAAUGCCCGCGAGACCGGAACGGCUCUGGUUCGCCGGAAGUUCGUGGAAGCAAAGCGGCUGGCCGAGGAGCGGCAGCUUCUCCAGUCAAGAGAGUUUCUCGAGGUUCUCGACUCCAACAGAGAUCUGCUUCUCAGGUUCAUCGACGACCCGGGCCCUCCUUCCUCUUCCUCCUCGCCGGCGACCAAGCGGAUCACAGUGUUGAAGCCGUCGAGAGUUGUCGAGAAUGGGACUUGUGUGGAAAUGCUCGAGGAAGAAGAAGAAGAAGAAGCAGAAGGCCCUGUUCAUCCGACGAGGAUAGUAGUUCUGAAACCCGGUCUGAGGAAGAAGACCCUGGAUCUGAAAGCUGCGAUGGAACCUCCGAAGUCGUUCGCGGGCCUGCGAGGAAGAGCAGACGUUGUGGUGGCACCGGCGGCCGUCGCCGGCGGCGGGGCGAGGGAGCUGGCAAUGGAGAUCACCCAGAUAAUGCGGGAGAGCCUCAGCGACAACUGGAGGGACGAAACCCUGUUGUCCUCCGUCUUCUCCUGCGGAUACGCAGGCGACACGAGCUCCUUCAACAGGUCGGAAGAUGGAUUCAUGGAAGACGAUGAUGGUGUUGGCGAUUUCAGCGACUUAGAGAUCAUCGUCAAACCAGAUUAUUCUCAGGACUAUGGGAGCCCCCUCGUGAACCCUCACUCACCUUUCUUCCUCGGCCAUCCAUCUUGCUCGCCGGAGUCGUCGGUGAUCAGAGAGGCCAAGAAGCGGCUUUUAGAGAGAUGGACGAUGGUGACGUCGAGAGGGGCCCGCCGGGAAGAACGAGGACGAGGAGCCCACGGGAGCUCGAGCACCUUGGGCGAGGUGCUCUCCCUGCCGGAGACCAGCGGAGGUGAAGGUGGCGGAGAGCAAGAACUCCGGCCGCCGCCGCCGGCCUGCUCAUCUCCUCGUAGGGAUGAACGAUCAGUAUCAAUGGGGUCGCCCAGAUCAAGGAGCGGGAAGUUCACCCUCAGGGAUAAGGUCUCGAGCUUGCUCUUCUCGAGGAGUAAGAGACUGAGCAGAGAGGGACCCUGCUCGCCCAGGACGCAGCAGAAUCCCCGAGGACCGGCGGCGACUACGUCUUCUUCCGCUCCGGCGAUUGCCUUUUCCGGCAAGGUUCGCCGGCUCUCUUCUCAUCUCUCUCUCUCCCCCCUCUUCUGCUCUGAUCCCGCCGCCUAUCAACAGGCGCCGCCGCCACCGGAGAACGCCGGCGAGGAUCAGGACCAGCCCAGCCCCGUCUCCGUCUUGGAAGCGCGUUUGGACGACGACGUCAAUAGCAGCUCCUGUUCACGGUUCUCGGACAGCUGUCGUAAGUCCGAGGAGAACCUGAUCAAACAAACGCCAAGGAAGAACCAACCCAACCCUUCCUCAUCUCCUGAUUCCAUGCCGCUCUCUCUCUCUGUUGUGCAGAGUUGGUCUCCAGGUCUCCGCCGAUAGGCUCUGUCGCCCGCUCCUUGCCGUGGAACGGCGCCUGCUCCAGCGGGAGGAGCUCGCCGAGGCUCGCCGGAGUUCUCCCCAGGGGCAGGAGAGACGGCGACGGCGAUGUCGAAGAACAGCACUCCCUCGUGAAGUCUCUGCUAUCCUCGGCCGGCUUCGAGGAGACCACCUCCUGGAGCGAAGCCCUCGCAAGGUGGCACUCCCCAGAGAGCCCGCUGGACCCGCUGCUGCUGCGCAGGUUGUCGGAGAUCGGAGGCGGCGGCGGAGAGAAGUGGCAGAGGAGCACGGCGAGCAUCCGCCUCCUGUUCGACUCCGUCAACGCGGCCCUGCUGGAGAUCGCCGGAGGGAUCACGUCGCCGGCGAAGGCCGCCGUCUCCCUGAACGAGCGAGUGUGGUGGCGCGUGAAGCAGUGGCUGCAGGGAGCGGAGGAAGCGGCGGCGGCGGAGUGGGUCUCCAGGAAGGAGGCGGUGGAGGAGAUGGGGAGGGAGAUAGAAGGGAAGGUGUUAGCGGAGCUGGUGGUGGAGGCUCUGGGGGACGUCGUUGAGCGGUGGAGAUAA